AUGUCACCGGCGGAGAUAGAGAAGCAGACGCAGAAGGUGGUGAGUUCUACGGCGGAGGGGGUUACUACGCCGCCACCGUCGGAGGUUGAGGAGGUGAUAAAUUCGAGGAUAUAUGAUGCUACAGUGAUAGGAGAGCCAAUGGCUCUCGGAAAGGACAAGAGAAAGGUGUGGGAGAAGCUUAUGAAUGCUCGGGUUGUGUAUUUAGGGGAAGCGGAGCAGGUUCCCACACGGGAUGACAAAGUGUUGGAGUUUGAUAUAGUCAAGAAUUUGAUGAAGAGAUGCCUAGAAGCGGAUCGCCCGAUUUCUUUGGCUCUGGAAGCUUUUCCAUGCAACUUACAGGGACAGCUCAAUCAGUACAUGGAGAAAGGGAUUGAUGAAGAGACCUUAAAGUCUUUGGUAACACAUUGGUCAGCUCAGCGUUGGCAAGAGUACGAGCCUCUUCUAAGUUAUUGUCGUGAUAAUGGGGUUCGGCUGAUUGCAUGUGGAGUUCCACUUGAGGUCCUACGCACUGUUCAAGCUGAAGGCGUCCGUGGGCUUUCUAAAUCUGACCGUAAAAAAUAUGCUCCUCCAGCUGGUUCAGGCUUCAUCUCAGGUUUCACUUCUAUCUCUCGGAGAUCAUCUAUUGACAUAAAUUUUCCCAAUCAAUCUACUCCUUUUGGGCCAAGCUCAUAUCUGUCCAUACAAGCAAAAGUGGUUGAGGAUUACACAAUGUCCCAGACUAUUUUACAAGCUGUGACAGUUGGUGGAUCUAAUGGUAUGCUAGUAGUAGUGACGGGUGCUAGCCAUGUUAAAUAUGGGUCAAGAGGAAUUGGGCUUCCGGCAAGGAUUUCAAGGAAAAUGCAGAAGAAAAAUCAAGUGGUUAUACUGCUUGACCCUGAACGACAAAAUAUACGGAGGGAGGGAGAAGUCCCAGUUGCUGAUUUCUUGUGGUAUUCUGGAGCCAGACCUUGCAAUAGAAAUUGCUUUGAUCGUGCUGAAAUAGCCCGAGUGAUGAAUGCAGCUGGCUGGAAGAGAGAAGCCUUACCACAGGACCUUCAAAAAGGUCUAGAUCUUGGUCUAGUAUCACCAGAAGUGCUGCAGAAUUUUAUUGAUCUGGAGAAAUAUCCUAUCAUCUCGAAGCUGACUCAUCGUUUUCAGGGUUUCAGAGAGAGAUUAUUAGCGGAUCCUAAAUUUCUGCACAGGUUAGCUAUAGAAGAAGCUAUAUCAAUCACGACUACCCUUAUAGCACAGUAUGAGAGGCGUAAAGAAAAUUUCUUUGAGGAGCUUGAUUAUGUUACUACAGACACAUUAAGGGGAAUAGUGGUUGAUUUUUUCACUGUGUGGCUUCCCGCCCCCACACUUUCGUUCCUACAAAUCGCUGAUGACAUUGAUGCACCUGAUAGUAUGGAAGCAUUAAAAGGUCUUUUGGGGUCCAUCCCGGACAAUGCAUUUCAGAAAAGUCUUGCAGGGAAGGACUGGAAUUCAAAUCACAGAAUUGCAUCAGUACUUGUUGGGGGUCUCAAGCUAGCCAGUGUUGGAUUUAUUUCUAGCAUUGGAGCAGUGGCUUCCUCAAAUAUAUUGUAUUCAGUGCGGAAGUUUCUAAAUGCAUCCAUCUCUGGCAAGCAACGGAACAAGCGAUCACCUAUAUUAAAAACAGCACUUGUGUAUGGAUGCUUUCUUGGAACAUCAGCAAAUCUACGGUAUCAGGUUAUUGCAGGAUUAUUGGAGCAUAGAAUUUCCGAACAAUUCGAGGAUCAGACAUUCCUUGUAAAUAUGAUAUCUUUUGUGGCACGAACAAUCAACUCUUACUGGGGAACUCAGCAAUGGGUUGAUCUUGCACGGUAUACAGGACUUCAGGCACGUAAGAGUGAAGAAAUUCCCUUUCCUGGUCCAGAUUCUUCAAAUAAUGCUGCCUUAGAGUGCAACAUCUCAGAAGAUGCAAACAUUGAUGAAAUGAACAGUCAAUAG